GCGGAGUCUACGCAGUGCUCUCGACCGGUUUCCGGUAUGACCGUUGUUUGACAGAUCGGGACGGAUUCUCGCGUUCAGCGUCUGGCUUUGAUGGCCCAUCUGUGUAUUGAGCUAGAAUGGGACAGAGUACAUCGGGCCCAGAGCCCCCAGAACCUCCAGAGGAAGGCUUCAAGAGUUUAGUGGAGGAUCAGCUGCAGACAAGCAUGGUGGUGGGAAUAGUGAUCAGUGCUGGGGUCGCCAUCGUCCUCAUCGCGGCCCUCAUCUUUUUUGUCCUGCGUAGGAUACAGCAACGCAAACUGGAGGCUCAGGAAGCCCCCAAGUAUCGCUUCCGCAAACGGGACAAGGUCUUGUUUUACGGGAGAAAGAUUAUGAGGAAAGUUUCUCAGUCCACUUCUUCACUGGUGGGCUCCGCCUCCUCGUCCAGGCCACGCCUCAAAAAGAAACAAAAGAUGCUGAACAUUGCCAAAAAGAUUUUGCGCUUUAAGAAGGAGGUGCCCACUCUACAGAUGAAGGAACCUCCUCCAUCUGUUCUGGAGGCGGAUCUCACGGAGUUUGAUGUGGCCAAUUCUCACCUGCCAUCGGAGGUGCUAUACAUGCUGAAAAACGUCCGGGUGUUGGGUCACUUCGAGAAGCCCUUGUUUCUGGAGCUAUGUAAGCACAUGGUGUUUCUGCAGUUCCAGCAGGGCGAAUACGUCUUCCGACCCGGACAGCCUGACAGCAGCAUUUACGUCGUGCAGGACGGCAAGCUGGAGCUCUGUCUCUCUGCACUGGAUGGGAAGGAUGGCGUGGUUAAAGAGGUUUACCCCGGAGACAGUGUUCACAGUCUUCUGAGCAUCCUCGAUGUCAUCACAGGUCACCAGAGAGCGUACAAAACCGUCUCGGCCAGAGCGGCGGAGGUGUCCACCGUCCUCAGACUGCCUGUCGAAGCCUUUCUGUCGAUCUUUGAGAAAUACCCGGAGAGCCUCGUGCGAGUGGUGCAGAUCAUCAUGGUGCGUCUUCAGAGAGUCACCGUUCUGGCUCUGCACAACUAUCUGGGGCUCACCAAUGAACUUUUUAGUCACGACAUGCAGCCUCGUCCCUCUCCUGUCUCUCCUCAUCCGACACGCUCCAGCCCCGUACGGCACAGCAAACGCUUCGGCAGCCUCACCGUUCCCGACAAACACCGCGAUGCUGCAGUCCAAAGCGCUACCGCUGGGGAUCAUGGGAGGGACGGCGGCACAAUCCCGACCCUCAGCAGGACCAUAUCGAUGCCAGUGGACAUCGCAGGUAUGCAAAAGAGUCUGCGGUCUGAUUUUGACAUGGCGUACGAGAGAGGUCGAAUUUCCGUAUCUGCUGAAGACGGAGCACCUACUCUAUCCGUGUUCACACGAGAGCAACGGGAGAGGAAGGUGACUGUAGAUGAAGUUCCUUCAGGCGUGUAUUUGUAUCCGGAGGAGGAGUCGGGUGUGGAAAAUGUUUAUGGGUCGUUUUCAGGACGACCAAGCUCUGCAGUAUUCGAGGAGGCCCAGAAGGAGAUGCUGAAGCUUAUGAAGAUUGAGGACCCGCAGCUGUUAAAUGGACGGGUGACGCUUCAUCACGCUAAAGCUGGAUCUGUUUUAGCCCGACAGGGUGACCAGGACGUGAGUCUGCACUUUGUCCUCUCUGGCUGCCUUCACGUCUUUCAGAAGAUGAUUGACAAGCAGGAGGCAGUGUGUCUGUUUGUGACCCAGCCGGGCGAGAUGGUGGGUCAGCUGGCCGUCCUGACGGGAGAGCCGCUCAUCUUCACCAUAAGAGCUGAGCGAGACUGCGCCUUCCUUAAGAUCUCCAAAUCGGACUUUUACGAGAUCAUGCGUGAGCAGCCGAGCGUAGUUCUCAGCGUGGCUCACACCGUGGCUACCCGCUUGUCACCGUUCGUACGGCAGAUGGAUUUCGCCAUCGAUUGGAUGGCUGUUGAAGCAGGGCGUGCCCUAUACAGGCAGGACGAUCAGUCCGACUGCACGUAUAUCGUUCUGAACGGACGACUGCGUUCCGUCAUUCAAAAAGCAAAUGGCAAGAAGGAACUGGUUGGGGAGUACGGACGAGGAGAUCUCAUUGGAGUGGUGGAGGCUUUGACGCGUCAGCCCCGUGCCACCACGGUUCACGCCGUCAGAGACACAGAGCUGGUGAAGCUUCCAGAAGGAACGCUCAACAAUAUCAAGAGAAGAUACCCGCAGGUGGUGACACGUUUAAUCCACCUGCUGGGGCAAAAGAUCCUGGGGAACCUUCAACAGGCCCGGGGGCCUUUCUCAAGCUCUGCCCUGGGUCUUCCCAGCAUGGCGUCCAGUCCAGACGUCACUAACCCAGCCAGCAACCUGUCCACUGUCGCUGUACUUCCUGUUUGUGAUGAGGUGCCAAUCAAUGCCUUCAAUUUGGAGCUUAGCCACGCCCUCUACGCCCUAGGACCGACCCUGCUGCUAACCAGUGACAUCAUCAGAGAGAGACUAGGGGCUUCUGCUUUAGACAGUAUUCAUGAGUACAGGUUAUCGGGUUGGUUGGCUCAGCAGGAGGACAUCAAUCGUAUAGUCCUGUAUCAGACAGACAGUGGUAUGACCCCGUGGACUCAGCGAUGCAUUAGACAGGCUGACUGCAUCCUCAUUGUGGGGCUCGGAGACCAAGAACCUGCACUCGGAGAGUUGGAGCAGAUGUUGGAGAACACGGCAGUUCGAGCCCUGAAGCAGUUGAUCCUAUUGCAUCGUGAGGACGGUCCGGGCCCCUCUCGAACUGUGGAAUGGCUGAACAUGAGAAGCUGGUGCUCCGGACACCUUCACCUGAAGUGCCCUCGUAGAGUUUUCUCGCGAAGAAGCCCUUCCAAACUGAGAGAGGUGUAUGAAAAGGUUUUCGAGAAGACCGCAGACAGACACAGCGAUUUCUCGCGGCUGGCCAGAGUUCUUACGGGAAACAGCAUCGCCCUCGUGCUGGGGGGAGGCGGAGCGAGAGGCUGUUCUCACGUUGGUGUUAUCAAAGCCAUGGAAGAUUCAGGGAUUCCCAUCGACAUAGUGGGAGGAACGUCCAUCGGCUCGUUCAUCGGUGCUCUGUAUGCGGAGGAGAGAAGUGCUGUUCGGGUCAAGCAGAGGGCGAGAGAGUGGUCUAAGGCGAUGAACUCUGUAUUCAAAACGGUUCUUGAUCUGACUUAUCCAAUCACAUCAAUGUUCUCCGGCUCUGCCUUUAACACCAGCAUCUCCAAAGUCUUUGAGGACAAACAAAUCGAGGACUUGUGGCUUCCCUACUUCAACGUGACCACAGACAUCACAGCGUCUGCUAUGCGGGUUCAUAAAGAUGGCUGUGUUUGGCGCUAUGUUAGAGCCAGUGCCUCCUAUACCCCUUAUCUGCCUCCUCUCUGCGACCCUAAGGACGGUCACCUCCUCGUGGACGGUUGCUAUGUUAACAAUGUCCCAGGCUCUCUGUGGCGUUAUGUCAGGGCGAGCAUGACCCUUUCCGGGUACCUGCCACCCCUCUGCGACCCCAAAGAUGGAAACCUGCUCAUGGAUGGAGGAUACAUCAACAAUCUGCCAGCGGACAUAGCGCGUAACAUGGGUGCAAAAGCAGUCAUCGCCAUUGACGUGGGCAGCCAGGAUGAGACUGAUCUGUGUAACUAUGGCGACAGUCUUUCUGGCUGGUGGCUGCUGUGGAAACGAAUUAACCCGUGGGCAGAGAAAGUGAAGGUGCCUGAUAUGGCUGAAAUUCAGUCACGUUUGGCCUACGUGUCCUGCGUACGGCAGCUGGAAGUGGUCAAAAAGAGCGCCUACUGUGAAUACAUCCGCCCACCCAUCGACCGCUUCAAGACCAUGGACUUUGGAAAAUUUGAUGAAAUCUAUGAUGUGGGGUACCAGCACGGUAUACUGGUGUUUACCGAGUGUGCCCGUGGUGACAUCAUUGAAAACAUGCUGAAGGACCAUAGAUCAGCGGAUUAUAAUGACAGCAAGAAGACCGAUUCCUGCACGUGUCCCAGUGCAGAUUUCACAGAUCUAGCCGAGAUAGUGUCGAGGAUUGAACCCGUGCAGAGCUUCCUAGGAGCCGAUGCAGAGGAGUCCGAUUAUGCCACCGAGUAUGAGGAGGACGGUAUGGACCCGGUACGAGAAGAGGAGGGUGAGGAAGAGGAGGAGGAAGAGGGCGAAGACCCCGAGGACCACUCUCCAGGAGAAUGGGGACCAAACGGCGUCUUCGCGACGGUACAUUAAUCACAGUUACUCUAUACA